AUGCGCCGGCCGCAUGAGAAGGACGAGUCUGUUCCUGUCAACCUUGCUAUUUUGACUGCUACGGCUGCUGCGCAGCCGUGUAAAGUGGAAGAACAAGAUCCAGUCAAGCCGCAUGCUAGCGGGAAGAGAGGAAGAAGAAGGCGGGCUGCUGCGACGCCUGCAGAAGGCAGUCAACCAACCCCGGCUGAAUCAGCACACGAUGUAUUCUACCUCUAUGGAGGAGAGGCUGCAAAUCGGUCCAAGUACUGUGUCCUGAGGUAUGAUCCGCGUCAGCAGCAGACAGAGAAGAUGGCUGAUUGGCAGGAUCGCGCUAACACCACAUUCAAUGUCAUCGGUGACGACAACACCAUUGAGGUAUUUGCGUCGUCAGCCGCGAUGGCAGACUCCGGUAACAACUUAAAGUCUUGGCGUUGGUCCUCUAGGAAACCGGCGGGCACUCUUGAUGUGAUUGUCGGGGCUGGUUGCCUUUGCUAA